CGAUAGUAUCGCACAUAUAAACGUUUUAAGUUCCAGCUCUAAUUGUUUUUUAAGACCGCAAAAAUGGACAUCGGCGAACUGCUGGCGUUUAAGCCGGAACAGACGCCAAAGCGUCCGCACGAGGACGAGGACGACGACUUCGAUUUGGAGGCCUCGCACGGAAAACGGGGCGGUGGCGAUGAGAAAACCAAACGCAUGCGGCGCAUCGCCGAAGCCAAGGAGUCGGCACACUAUUCCAAGCAGGGUGGAGCAUCGGGGGGAUCCUCCGGGGCCACCGGCAGCUCCGCCUUCGAAUUCGAUCCAGAACUCACCGAGGAGGAGCGCCUGAAUAUCCUCAAAUAUGUAGAGAACGAGGAGGCCGAUGGCGAUGUUCUGGACGAGCAGAGUCUCAAGAAACUGAUCCUGGUUUUCGAGAAACGCAACCUGAAGAACCAAGAGAUGCGCAUCAAGUUCGCCGACAGCCCCGAGAAGUUCAUGGACUCGGAGGUGGAGCUGCACACGGUCAUCCAGGAGCUGAAGGGCGUGGCCACGGUUCCCGAUCUGUACCCACUCCUCGUGGAACUCCACGGCCUGCACAGUUUGCUCGAACUGUUGUCGCAUCAAAACACCGAUAUUGCAGUGGCCGUGGUGGAUCUGCUGCAGGAGGUAACAGAUGUGGACAUUUUGGGCGAAAGUCAAGAGGGUGCCGAGUCCUUAAUAGAAGCCCUGAGGAAAGAGCAAAUCUUUGCUCUUCUCGUCCAGAAUCUGGAGCGACUGAACGAGCAGGUUAAGGAGGAAGCCGAUGGAGUGCAUAAUACCCUGGCCAUUGUGGAGAACCUCACUGAAAUCGAUUCGGAGUUCGUCAGAGAGGCUGCCGAGCAGGGAUUGCUGGCCUGGCUGCUGAAACGCCUGCGCGGCAAGUCACCUUUCGAUCCCAACAAACUGUACUGCAGCGAGAUACUAUCCAUCCUCAUACAAACCGAGAACGACAACCGAUUGCUGCUGGGUUCUCUGGAUGGAGUGGAUGUACUGCUCCAACAGCUGGCUGUCUACAAAAGACACGAUCCAGCCAGCAACGAGGAGCAGGAGUACAUGCAGAACCUGUUCAAUUGCCUCUGUUCCGCCUUGAUGGCCCGUGAAAACCGGGAUAGAUUUCUUAACGGGGAGGGCCUUCAGCUUAUGAACCUCAUGCUGCGCGAGAAGAAAAUGUCGAGGAACGGUUCCCUUAAGGUACUCGACCAUGCCAUGGCCGGCCAGGAUGGCCGGGACAACUGCAACAAGUUCGUCGAAAUCCUUGGCCUACGCACCAUCUUUCCGCUCUUCAUGAAAACACCCAAGCGCAACAAGCAGCGACUGAUCUCAGCCGAUGAGCACGAGGAGCAUGUGACCUCCGUCAUUGCCUCGAUGCUGCGCAACUGCAAGGGCACUCAUCGCCAGCGGAUGUUGGCCAAGUUCACGGAGAACGAUCACGAGAAGGUGGAUCGCCUGCUUGAGCUGCACCUCAAGUAUCUGGCCAAGGUGGAGGCCAUUGACAAGGAGAUCGAUCAGCAGGCCAAGGAUCCCAGCAUUGACGAGGACGAGGAGGCGGAGAACAACUACAUUAAGCGGCUGACCGGCGGGCUGUUCACGCUGCAGCGCAUCGACUACAUCCUGCUGGAGGUCAGCGCCACCGGCGAUACUGUCAAGCAGCGCGUUCUGCAGAUCCUUAACUUGCGCGGAGCAUCUAUGAAGACCAUUCGUAGCAUCAUGAGAGAAUACGCUGGAAACUUGGGCGAUGGCGACACUGACUGGCGGGAACAGGAGCAGACUCACAUACUAUCUCUAGUCGAUCGUUUCUAAGGCCUAACACACAAUAAAACAAAACCGAAAUAUUAAAAAAUUAAAACUUUUUAAAA